CAUAAUGGCAGUAUCUACAAAAUUGGCCCUAGUCUCCCUAGUUUUUUGGGUCUUUCUCCUCGUUGGAGUUCUAGCCAUAAAGCCUACUCGACAGGAGGCGGAGGAGAACAUGUCCAGGUUCAUGAGUGUCCUUCGCCAGGAGCAGCUGAGCGCCGGUUCACCUCGCUUCAAUGAUGUGCUGGGCAACGCCAGGACGAUAAUCGAGUACCAGGAGUCGGGAUUCAUUGGGGUUCGCAGCAUUUUCCAGUGGAUGACCAGCCCGAAUCCCCGCAACGAUGGCGUCUACAACUUCCUGCAGUUCUACACCACCGAAUCGAGUGGCUACAUAGGAUUGCAGAACUACGACAAGAGCUCGAAGUAUACGGUUCUGUUUUCCGUUUGGGAUGCCACAAGUGCGAGUCCAGGUGAUAACUUCGAAUGCAGCACCUUCGGAGGAGAGGGCAUCGGGUACAAGUGCUUCAACUACACUUUCCCGCUGAUCAGCAAUGCCAUUUACUUCCUGGAUGUGCAGAUCGAGGGUUCUACCUUCAGGGGAUACAUCUCGGAGCCGCAGGAGAAUCUGGACAGUGUGACCAGCAAUCAGGUGACACGCCACUUGAUCGGCGAGAUCACCACCCCCCACGAGAAGCUGACCAACCUGAUACCCUUUGGCUACUACAAUGAGAACUACCGCGACAAGGACACCUGCAGGGAGGCCUUCGAACUGGUGACCGUCAACCAGGCUCCUCAUCAGUAUACGCACUAUGGCCAUGCCAACACCAAGUUCACCGAGGCCUAUCUCUACAAUUCCGAGUGCGAGGUGGAGAAUAUAUUGGUGGCCCUCACGGCGGACAAGAAGAGCACCAUCUACUUCACGAGGCCCACAGCUUUGGAUCUAUGAAAGGAGCAUAUUUUUUAUUAGUUACUAGAUUGAGAGUCCUGGCUUACAUUUUUUUUUAUUUUUUUUAAAUACAUAUAAGAAAGAACUAAUUGUGAAAUUCGAAGAAUAAAUAUUUAUUGAAUUA